AUGCUGGAGGGCGUGGCGGUGCCGGAGACGCUGAUGCUGGACAGGUACCGCCUGGUCGUGAUCGCGGCGGCGGCGGAGCAGGCGGCGUACACGGCGUCCCUCGUGGCCUUCGCACGGCAGACCCUGGGGGCCGUGCGGAUACCGCUGGCGAGGGCGGACGAGGAGCGCGUCCGGGACGCCCUGAUGGUGCUGUUCGAGACCGAGGAUGUCACCAGCGCCGACAUCUGCGCUCAGGUGGCCGAGAUGACACGAGUGGUGGCCGUGAACGCGGGCAAGGUGUUGCCGGCCAACCAGCUGUCGGUCCUGUCGGCGCGUUCCCGGAACGUGCUGACGACGGGUGACUGCCCCGUGUACAAGAUCUUCCUCCGACGAACCCUGGGGCUGCUGCGAGACACGCUGGUGGAGGGCGGCAUGUCGGAAGAACGCUUCGUGGAGGCCUUGCGCAAGGCGGGGCUGUUAGACUACAAGGACUUCCUGCUGCAACGAGUCGUGAGACCACUGGUUGUCAUCGAGCGCCACAACGAGGCCGUGUUCGCCACGUUUUACAACGAGAUCAUCCCGUUGGCGCUCAAGACUACGACUCCGCAGGCGAUGGGCGCUCACGCGAGGGCCCUCAACGUGGACUAA